AUGGCAUACAUGGAGGAGAAUCAGAUUCAUCUCAAUUCAUUAUUUAUCGAAAGUCUCAUCUUAUAUUAUAUUGUAUUUAUUAUAGAUCAGACAAACCAAGAACGUCCUCGAAACGAAGAAUUCAACGGUUGGCCCGAUUCAUUAUUAUCAAUUGGAACAUUUGGUGCCAGCAGCAGUUCUCUAAGAGCAAAUUUAAAUUCAGAGAGCACCCAAAACAUACAAAACCAAAAUGAUAACGAAAAUGAAAUCUUAGAGGACAAUUACAAUGAGCAAAGUUCCUCUCCAGAUUUAGCUGAAUUCACACCUGAAGAAGUUGGCAAAUUACAAAAAGAAUUAACAAAGUUAUUAUCAAAAAAACCCGUUUCUGCCGCUAAAUUAGCAGCAGCUGAAGGGCGACAGGACGGGAAUCUGCCAUUGGACAGAUUCCUAAAUUGCCCUUCAAGUCUGGAAGUCGAUCGUAGGACUUCCAGCAGAUUUAGUUCUACCAAUUCGGAAAUUUAUGAAAAUUUGGAUGAGGAAGAAAUUGAUAGGACUAUUAGAGCCAUUAUUGGGAGAUGCAAGGACCAUGUUUGCAAGACGAACAAAAAGAAAGUAAAUGGAAUGAAAUCAGUUUCCUUUCUUCUCAAGAAAAUGUUCGUUUGCUCAAGUGGUUUCGCACCUACUCCUAGCUUGCGAGACACACUUCCCGAAUCAAGAAUGGAGAAGGUAUAUUAAUUUUUGACUUAUAUAUAUAUAUUACGUUAUCAAUGCAAUUUAACAGAUUAUUAUAGUUUAUUGACCCAAGAUUUAAUGUUAUAAUAUAUGUUAUUAUAGAUCAACUAAUAUCAUGCUUGGAGGCUAGCAAUUUGUGUUUGAUGCUUUAAUCAAUUUGAAAGAUGUGUUUGGUUAAUAUUAUAAAAGUGUUUCUCGGAAGAAAAACAAUUUUUCAACUUUUUAUACUACUCAAAAUCCUUAUUUAUUUAUUUUUUUUUAUUUUAAAAGUAUGAUCAAACAUCUCAAUUCGCUAAAGUAAUUGCUUUUCAUUCUUCUUAUUGCAAAUUGUUUAAAAUAAUUUUGGCUUCCAUAAGCCUUGUCCAACCACCUAUGCACAUGUUAGUGUAAAAAAUGUCAACAUAGACUCAAUUAAUUUCCACCUUUAAUUUAAUAUGCAUGAGCAUGCAUAUAUGUGCUUUAUUUAUGUCAAUAUUUGAAUACUUCUUUUUUAUCUUUUAAAGCUCUAUUUUUAAUGACAUUUCUGUGUUGCAGUUAUUAAGAACAAUACUUUCAAAGAAAAUAAUCCCUCAAAGUGCCUCUAGAAUAUCAACAAAGAGAUAUUUAGAGGAUCGACAUCCACCACAGAAAGAAGCAGAAGAGAAAAGAAGGGAGAAAACUUGUGAUGGAUCCAAGUGGGACAAAACCGAUUCUGAUUUUAUUGUUCUGGAAAUUUGAUAGGCCUCAGGGUAAAUAAAUGGGAUGUUCAAAGAAUACUCUUUUUUUUUUCUUGGCAGGAUACUUCUUCUUUUUCCUAUUUUUCCAUGGUUGUACACAUUGAUGCAGCACAUGUUGUGUAAUAUGGAAGAAUCUUGCGUUUUGUACUUUUUGGGAGACUUUAAUUUUUUCCUCAUAUUGUCUAGUUAAAAAGAAUAAUCUUUUUCUAGUCUUUUAUUUUUGUUUAUAACAUUGUUUUCAAUUGAUUAGCAGUAUUCCAUAAAUAUUAGUAAUAGGAUUAUCAUUAAAUUGUGUCUCCCAAUCACUUUCACAUCGAGAAAAAUCUCUAUUUUUCUUUCAGAUGUGUCUUUUACACAAACAAAAAAGGGAUCAUGAUAAUAAAAGUAAAAGUACGAAAACUUUUAUUUUUCUCUCUUAAUUACAUGACAUAAGUCCUCAACAUUAUUCACAAAAUUUCCUUUUACGAGUUUGUGACCAUCUUUUAUUUUUCAAAUAAAGUAAAGUAUGUCGAAGUGAAUUCCUUUUUCAUUUCCACCCAAUGUGUGAAAGCUACUCCAGGAUAUGAAAAAUGAGAAAUCUGUUGUAUCCCAAUAUUAUAACCAAAUGUAAGCUAUCUUUUAAUUACUGCAUCGUAUUUACUUAAAACAAAAAAUGGCAAUAUAAUGUUUUG